AUGACGCAGCCCUCUGCAGCCGGGCCAACCCGCCUCUCCAUUCUCGGCGAGCCCAACAUCGUCGUCGACCACGACCUCUGGCUGAACUUCGUCACCCAGGAUCUGCUCGACAACAUCUCCUCCUCCACCUACGUCCUCAUCACCGAUACCAACCUCUUCGACAAAUAUGUCCCUGCUUUCCAGCAACGAUUCGAGGCCGCCGCCGCCGAAAAGUCCGCCCGCCUGUUGACCUAUGCCAUUGCCCCCGGUGAGGCGUCCAAGUCCAGGGAGACCAAGGCCGAGCUCGAGGACUGGAUGCUCUCCCACCAAUGCACCCGCGAUACCGUCAUCAUUGCCCUCGGCGGCGGUGUCAUUGGUGACAUGAUUGGGUAUGUGGCAGCGACAUUCAUGCGAGGUGUGCGCUUCGUCCAGGUUCCCACCACCCUGCUCGCCAUGGUCGACUCUUCCAUUGGCGGCAAAACCGCCAUUGAUACCCCCAUGGGCAAGAAUCUUGUCGGGUCCUUCUGGCAGCCUCGCCGUAUUUACAUCGAUCUCAACUUUCUCGAGACACUGCCACCCCGCGAGUUCAUCAAUGGAAUGGCAGAGGUUGUCAAGACCGCCGCCAUCUGGGAUGAAGCAGAGUUCACCACUCUAGAGCAGUCUGCCCCUCAGAUUCUGUCUGCCGUCCGCUCCAAGGGGGCUGAUCGCCUCAAGCCAAUCCGCGAUGCCCUCAAGCGCAUCGUCCUCGGCUCGGCGCGAGUCAAGGCAGAGGUCGUCUCAAGCGACGAGCGUGAGGGUGGCCUCCGUAACUUGCUCAACUUCGGUCACUCAAUUGGCCACGCUAUCGAGGCCAUCCUAACUCCACAGCUCCUCCACGGCGAGGCCGUAGCAAUUGGAAUGGUCAAGGAGGCAGAGCUUGCCCGUUUCCUCGGCGUGUUGAAGCCUGGCGCCGUAUCCAGACUCACCAAGUGCAUCGCCAGCUACGAUCUGCCAACUUCGCUCAAUGACAAGCGCGUCAUCAAGCUCACUGCCGGCAAACAAUGCCCUGUCGAUGUCAUGCUCGAGAAGAUGGCAGUCGAUAAGAAGAACGACGGAAAGAAGAAGAAGAUUGUCCUGCUUUCCGAGAUCGGAAAGACUUAUGAGCCCAAGGCCAGUGUGGUAGAGGACCGAAAUAUCAGAAUUGUUCUAUCAUCCUGUGUUCGUGUCAACCCAGGAGUUCCAUCAGGGCUGAAGGUCACCGUCACCCCCCCUGGCUCAAAGAGUAUCUCCAACCGAGCUCUGAUUCUCGCUGCUCUUGGUUCUGGGCCAUGCCGGAUCAAGAACUUGCUUCACUCCGACGACACCGAGUUCAUGUUGUCGGCCAUUGGUCAGCUUCAAGGAGCUACCUAUUCAUGGGAGGAAGCAGGCGACGUUCUUGUCGUUGAUGGCAAGGGCGGGAAGCUUCAGGCAAGCAAAGACGAGCUCUACAUUGGAAACGCCGGUACAGCCUCUCGCUUCCUCACGACAGUCGUUGCUCUGUGCCAGGCCACUGAGGAAACCAAAUCCUCAAUUUUGACCGGAAACGCCAGAAUGAAGUUGCGACCUAUUGGCCCCCUGGUCGAUGCUCUUCGUCGCAACGGGCUCGACAUUGAAUAUCUGGAGAAGGAGAACAGUCUGCCACUUAAAAUUGAUGCCGCCGGGGGUCUCAAGGGUGGUACGAUUGAACUUGCAGCGACCAUCUCUUCCCAAUACGUGUCGUCCAUCCUCAUGGCUGCCCCCUAUGCCAAGGAGCCUGUUACCUUGAAGCUUGUCGGCGGAAAGCCCAUUUCGAAGCUGUACAUUGACAUGACCAUUGCCAUGAUGCAGUCCUUUGGCAUCACCGUAACAAAGUCCGCUGAGGAGGAGAACACCUACCACAUUCCUCAGGGUUCCUACAAGAACCCACCUGAGUACACGAUUGAGAGCGACGCCAGUUCAGCGACCUACCCUCUGGCAAUUGCAGCCAUCACCGGCACCACUUGCACCAUCCCAAACAUUGGCUCCAAGUCUUUGCAGGGUGACGCCCGCUUCGCAGUCGAUGUCCUACGCCCCAUGGGUUGCACUGUCGAGCAGACAGACUAUUCAACUACUGUCACUGGCCCCGCGAUCGGUGGUCUCAAGGGGAUCCCUCAGGUCGACAUGGAACCCAUGACUGAUGCUUUCCUGACUGCGUCUGUCCUCGGUGCAGUUGCCCAAGGCAAGACGCAAAUCACAGGCAUCGCCAACCAGCGAGUCAAGGAGUGCAACCGAAUUCUGGCCAUGCACGACCAGCUGGCCAAGUUUGGCGUUCAGUGCAACGAGCUCGAUGAUGGUAUCGAGAUCCUCGGCCGCGGUCUGGAGGCACUGCAACCCGCAAAUGACGAAAUCUUCUGUUACGACGAUCACAGAGUUGCAAUGAGUUUCAGCGUCCUGUCCGUCGUCGCACCACAGACGACAAUCAUUACCGAGCGUGAGUGUGUUGGAAAGACAUGGCCCGGAUGGUGGGACGAGCUGUCUACAUCAUUCCAGGUUGUUCUCGAUGGCGCAGAUCCUAAAGUUGCCCACCUGCCGACAUCAGCUUCCGACAGCAAGCCCACUCGCUCUGUGUUCAUCGUUGGAAUGAGGGGCGCCGGCAAGACCACGGCUGGCAAGCAAAUGGCCAAGUUGUUGGACUGGACCUUUACCGACCUCGAUGACGAGCUGGAGAGACGUUUCGGUAUGACCAUCCCGGAGAUGAUCAAUGGUGAGCAUGGCUGGGAAGGUUUCCGAAAAGCCGAGCUGGACCUCCUUCGUGAUGUCAUGGAGAAACAAUCCAGCGGACAUAUCUUCUCCUGUGGCGGUGGCAUCGUCGAGUCCCCCGUGGGACGAGAGCUCCUCAAAACAUAUGGUCAGAAGGGAGGCCUCGUGCUUCAGGUCCACCGUAACACCGACCAAGUUAUCGACUACCUCAUGCAGGACAAGUCUCGACCAGCCUACACCAGCGAGAUCCGCCAAGUGUACUUGCGUCGCAAGGACUGGUAUGCUGAUGUGAGCACACAUCUCUACUACAGCCCGCAUGCCGAUAACUCUGGGAGCCGUGCCGACAUCCCACAAGACUUCCGCCAGUUUGUCAAGUUCAUUACUGGUAACAGCCGAAAGAAGGCGGCGCUCGCAAAGAAGAAGCACAGCUUCUUUGUAUCCUUGACUCUUCCCAAUCUGAAUGAUGCCCGGGACAUCAUUCCCCGUGUUGUGGUGGGCUCGGAUGCUGUUGAGUUACGUGUUGACCUCCUUGCGGAUCGAAGCCACGAGGCUGUCACUGAGACGGUUUCUGUUCUGCGAUCUCUUGCCAAUAAGCCUAUCAUCUACACAGUCCGAACUGUCUCUCAGGGAGGCGCGUUCCCCGAUGACGCACAGGAUGAACUCUUGGCUCUCUAUGCCCUUGGUUUACGGAUCGGCGUCGAAUACCUAGACGUGGAGGUUACUUCGCGCGAGGACAUUAUUCAGACCGUGUCGGAUACUCGUGGUCAGACUCAGCUUAUUGCUUCGCAUCACGAUCCCAAGGGCCAACUGUCCUGGAAGAAUGCCUCUUGGAUUGCCUUUUACAACCGUGCCCUCCAGUUUGGAGAUGUCAUCAAGCUUGUUGGCACUGCCAAGACCAUCGAGGACAACUUUGACCUUCACCGGUUCAAGGCCAGGAUGGAAGCAGCCCAUAAGACGCCAAUGAUCACCCUCAACAUGGGCUCCGCUGGUCAGCUCAGCCGUAUCCUCAACGGAUAUCUCACCCCAGUGUCCCACCCUGAUCUUCCGUUCAAGGCAGCCCCAGGCCAGCUAUCGGCUGCGGAGAUCCGACAAGGCUUGUCCCUGGUUGGAGAUAUUGCCCCAAAGAAGUUCUAUCUCUUUGGCAAGCCCAUCUCCGCCUCGCGAUCGCCAGCCCUACAUAACUCCCUCUUCAAGCAGGCCGGCUUGCCCCACCACUAUAGCAGGCUCGAGACUGAUAAUGUCGCAGAUGUUGAUGAGGUCCUACGCAGCCCCGAUUUUGGAGGCGCGUCGGUGACGAUUCCUCUCAAGCUUGAUAUCAUGAACCGCCUGGACGACUUGACAGAGGCUGCGCGCGUCAUCGGGGCCGUAAAUACGGUGAUCCCUACUGGCGAGACGAACAAGCACGGCCGCCAGUUCUUGCUCGGUGACAACACAGACUGGAAGGGCAUGGUUUCCACGUUGAAACGAGGAGGUGUGUCUGCCCAGGAGGCCAGCGGUGUGUCUGCCGCGGUUGUCGGCUCCGGCGGUACCACUCGCGCUGCGGUGUUUGCUCUACAGUCCCUGGGAUUUAGUCCCGUCUACGUCUUAGCCAGAAACUCGGAGAAGGCCAACGCUCUCAUCUCUGACUUCCCUGAAAGCUUCGGCCUCAAAGUACUGUCAGAGAAAUCCGAGGUCGAGAGUUUACAGUCAAACCCAUCCGUGAUCAUCAGCACAAUCCCUGGAGAUCGACCGAUCGACUCUGCCAUGCAAGAGUUAUUGAGCCUCAUCCUCGCCAAGGCACCCGACAGCAAGCAAGCACGAGUCCUGCUGGAGAUGGCGUACAAGCCACAGCAGACCCCGGCGAUGCAGCUGGCAGACGAUGCCGGUGGAUGGACAACUAUCCCCGGGCUCGAAGUGCUUGCAUCGCAGGGAUGGUAUCAAUUUGAUGAAUGGACCGGGAUCACGCCUGUCUACGACGAUGCCAGAGACGCUGUCCUUGGCCGAUUGGCCGGGCAGUGGGAGGACUAA